AGGUGGAAAUGAGGCCACAAGAAAGGAGAAUUUCCUGAGAAAAUCCAAAGCCUAAAAAGGAAGACAACAACAAAGAAUUGGAAUUUUUACUGUUUUUGGAUUGAUCAGACCUUUGACUUGAAGAACAAAGAAAUAGGAAUAGAAGAAACAAACAAAGGCAAGCACUUGAGAACCAGGACUUUUUCUGAAUCUUGCAAGUUCUUCUUCUCCAUGAUUUUUCAGUCUGAAUACUCUGUGACUUUCCCAUGGACCGCAAAAAGAAGCUGUCCUACCUCUGAUGCGUCUUACAGUUUGUAACACAAUCCUCUACAAAAAUGAUAUCCAAGCUCCAGGCUCUUUUCCUGAUCCUGUUCUCAAGAGGAAGCCUGCUUUCACUAAGUGACUCAAACUUUGUUAGAAAAGAAAUCAAGAUAGAUGGAGAUCUUGUUUUGGGAGGUCUUUUUCCCAUCCAUGAAAAAGGUAUGGGAAUGGACGAAUGUGGAAGAAUAAAUGAAGAGAGAGGAAUCCAGCGUUUGGAAGCCAUGCUGUUUGCAAUUGAUUCCAUCAACAGAGAUGAAUCUUUACUACCUGGAGUUUUGCUUGGUGUGCACAUCCUGGAUACAUGUUCCAGAGAUACCUACGCUUUAGAACAGUCCUUGGAAUUUGUCAGGGCAUCCCUGACAAAAGUAGAUGAAACGGAGUUUAUCUGUCCUGAUGGGUCUUAUGCUAUCCAAGACAACAGCCCUUUAGUGAUAGCAGGUGUGAUUGGAGGGUCCUACAGUAGUGUUUCUAUACAGGUUGCAAAUUUACUGAGAUUGUUUCAGAUUCCUCAAAUAAGCUAUGCUUCUACUAGUGCAAAACUGAGUGAUAAAUCCAGGUAUGACUAUUUCGCAAGGACAGUCCCACCUGACUUUUACCAGGCCAAGGCCAUGGCCGAGAUUCUGAGAUACUUCAACUGGACGUACGUCUCCACAGUGGCAUCUGAAGGAGACUAUGGAGAGACAGGCAUUGAAGCGUUUGAACAAGAAGCCAGGUUGCGUAACAUAUGUAUUGCCACAUCUGAGAAAGUGGGCAGAUCAAAUGUCAAGAAGUCUUACGAUGCCAUAAUUCGUCAACUGCUUCAGAAGCCCAACGCAAAAGUGGUUGUGCUCUUCAUGCGCAGCGAUGAUACAAGGGAACUCCUGGCUUCUGCCAACAGACUCAAUGCAUCUUACACAUGGAUUGCCAGCGACGGGUGGGGGGCACAAGAAAGUGUGGUGAAGGGGAAUGAGAACAUAGCAAAUGGAGCAAUAACAUUAGAACUUGCAGCUCAUCCUGUGAAGGAGUUUAACAGAUAUUUUCAGUAUCUCAAUCCCAUCAACAACAGACGUAACCCAUGGUUCAAGGAUUUCUGGGAGCAGAAGUUUCAGUGCCUGCUGCAGAAUGGAAAUGCUAAACAGAAGGUUUGUGACAAACACCUGGCAAUAGACAAUUCUAAUUUUGAACCGGAAUCCAAAAUUAUGUUUGUGGUGAAUGCAGUAUUCGCUAUGGCUCACGCCUUACACAAAAUGCAGCGCACCUUGUGCUCCAACACUACCCAGCUGUGUGACGCCAUGAAGCCAUUGGAUGGAAAGAAACUAUACAGAGAUUACUUGCUGAACAUCAGUUUCAAUGUCUGGCGAGGUCACUACAGAGUUGAGGGCUGCUGUUUCUCUGAAAAUCAAUACCCCCCUUUUUCACCCCCAGAUGUGGACAACGUUGUGAAGUUUGAUGCUUUUGGGGAUGGAAUGGGUCGUUACACUAUAUUUAACUACCAGAAAACAACUGAGAAAUACUCAUAUGUUAGGGUGGGGCAGUGGGCAGAGACUUUGACCCUGAACACUGAAAUCAUUCAUUGGCCCAAACACUCAGUCCCCACCUCCCAGUGUAGUGACCCCUGUGCCAGAAAUGAGAUGAAGAAAAUGCAGGCAGGGGAAUACUGCUGUUGGAUUUGUACGCCUUGUGAACCUUAUGAAUACUUGGCUGACGAGUUCACCUGCAUUGCCUGUAGCCCCGGGCAAUGGCCAACUGAAGACUUGACAGGCUGCUUUGAUUUACCGGAGGAUUAUAUCAUGUGGGAAGAUGCCUGGGCGAUUGGUCCCAUUACCAUAGCCUGUGUUGGCUUUAUUUGCACCUUUAUGGUAAUGGCAGUUUUUAUUAGACACAAUAACACUCCACUAGUUAAGGCCUCUGGUCGGGAACUCUGCUAUAUCUUGCUGUUUGGUGUCUUCAUGUCCUACUGCAUGACCUUCUUCUUUAUUGCUAAGCCAUCUCCAGCAAUAUGUACCUUACGUCGCCUUGGCCUUGGGACUUCCUUUGCAGUAUGCUACGCAGCUCUUCUUACAAAGACUAACCGCAUUGCCAGGAUAUUCAAUGGUGUGAAGGAGGGAACACAGAGGCCCAAGUUCAUUAGCCCUAGCUCACAGGUCUUUAUCUGCAUGAGCCUUAUAUCAGUCCAGAUUGUGAUUGUGUCUGUUUGGCUUAUGCUGGAAGUGCCUGGCACUAGAAGGUUCACUCUGCCAGAGAAGAGAGAGACUGUUAUUUUGAAAUGCAACGUCAGAGACUCCAGUAUGUUAAUAUCACUGUCAUAUGAUGUAGUGCUUGUAAUUCUAUGUACGUAUUAUGCCUUUAAGACCAGGAAGUGUCCUGAAAACUUUAAUGAGGCCAAAUUCAUUGGCUUCACAAUGUACACCACCUGCAUUAUCUGGCUGGCCUUCCUCCCAAUUUUUUAUGUGACCUCCAGCGAUUACAGGGUCCAGACUACCACCAUGUGUAUUUCAGUGAGUUUAAGUGGCUUUGUCGUCCUGGGGUGCAUGUUUGCGCCCAAGGUCCAUAUAAUAAUGUUCCAGCCACAGAAGAAUGUAACUAGUCACAGACUACAUCUGAACCGAUUCAGCGUCAGUGGGACAGGAACGACAUAUUCACAUUCUUCUGUGAGUGCUCAUUAUGUACCAACCAUCUGCAAUGGAAGAGAAAUUGUCGAUUCCACCACCUCGUCUCUGUGAUUUGCAUUUAAACUGCUUAAUCUCAGCUCUUAGACUGUUAGCAAACUUGCACAUAUUGUGCAUUUCCAGUGAACUAGUACCAAUUAUGUAGAAAGUGUGUAUUAAAUUAUUUUUAAGGGCUGUACAUAUAACUGACAUUACAAUAGAAAACUUUAUAGGAUGUUUUACAGACUUUGUUUUUGAUAGUUUUGUUAUACUGUGUAAAUAACCAUGAGCUGCAUUGCUAUACAUUUUAAAUUCUCCUUAGCAGUAACACUGAUCUACUGCAUUUGCAAAUUAGACAAAACUUUGUCUUAUUUUUUGUAGGCUUCAUUGUUGUAAUUAAGUAUGCAUUUCUAUGUUGUAUAUAAUAUGUACAUUAUGAUUAACUGAUGGUUUUAACAGCACAAACUGACAGUAUUACACAAAACAACUAUAAUUAGAAGGUAAAUAGAUGAUAAGAUCCCCAGUGGUUAUUAUAACUGUAAGUGCAUGGUGCGUGGAAGACUCUGACCUAGUAAAUGGGUUUACCUAAAUCUUCAGAACUUUGGCUCAUGUAUUGUAACAAUAAAAUCAUGGGUGAUCAUUUUACUUAUAAUGUGACCUCUAGUAAAGUUUAAUAAUGUUGAACAAUGGCUUUUUGUGCCUUAACUGGUGUCAUGUAGUUUUAUACAAAAGCUUAAUUAUGAUCUGUGCAUGUAGGUACUGUAGCAGAAGGUAUAUACAAAGAUGUAUAAGUUUCAAGUGGCAUUUAAAAUGCUGUAAUUUGUACUGCAUUUACAAAGAAGUUUGUAAACCAUACAAAUGUCUCAACAGUACUGGACACUUUUAAAAUGCAACUUAGAUGGGCAUUGAUUUUUUUUUACAACUGCAAUAUUAUGAAUGUUUCAAAUCACAUAUAAUUUGAGGGUGAUAUAUUUUGUAAAAAGAAAGUGACCUAAAAUAGAAGCAUUUCCAAAGCCAUUCACAUUUAUUAAAGAAUCAUGACAACAAUCAAGAACAUUUUACCACAAGUUUGUACAGCUUUAAAUGUGCACCACAAUACAAAAUAUACAAAAAAGCGAACAUUGGUACUCGCAUAUCUGCAAACAUAGUUCUUUAGAAAUAACUGGUUUUGCCUUCCAGUGCAGUAACAUAAUGAAAUAGGAUGUACUGUAUAUGAAACAAUAUCUUUGGGAGUCUGUAAAAUAUACAAGGCAAAUUUUGUAAAAAAUGCUACCCAGAGAAAUAACAGAAAUUGCACACCAGUUCCAUUGGUUGGAAAAAAAAAUACAAAGAAAACCAUGUGUCCAAAAUACAACAGGAAGCUGAGGAUUAUGUAAAGUAAUCUCAUGCCCCUAGUCAUGCAUUUUAUUUAUGCUCACACAUCUGAGAGAUUAUUUUUCUUUGUUGUAAGGCUUAUCUGUUAGUGCAUUCCUUGCUGCCCGAGGAUACAUUACUCCAAAGUCGAGUUGCCAUGGACAACCAUGAAUGGAAUCUACUUCUUCCAAAAUUCUGGAACACUCCAACGACUGAGCUGCUCAUAGAGCAGUUUAAGUCACUUUCUCUGUAUAAAUGUCAUGAUAUGUGUGAUAUACACAAACCAAAAAUAGCCUAUUGUUCCUGAGUCAAGGCAAUAUCUUUCUAUUACUCAACCAUUUUUUUAAGUUAUUUCACACUGUUUAUAUGGUUGUGUUUAAGUGUGGUGUUUAGGUCAGCCACCACAGGAACCUGAGUAACAGUGCAGAGGAGGCAUCCGAUCAUAAAGACAAAGACGAGAUGCACAGCAAUCCUAAUUUUAUUUUGUAAAAUCAUUUAUUUUGCGACUGUUUAAAAGGCUUAACUAUCCGUCAUAUUCUGAUAUUGUACCACCAAAAACAAAACAAAAAAAACAUGGUCCACAGUGCUUGCUUUGGCCAACCUGGAACUUGGCGUAGAAUGAUUGGAGAGCAAGUAACAGUAUAGUUCAAAUAAUGAGUGCAAUAGCAAGGUGAUGCAUCAUAAUAAAAAAAAAUCAUUCA